AUUGUCCCCAUUACGGUUGUGGUCCUUGGAUCCGCCAUGGUUCUUCUAUCUUUGCAGAGCUGCUAUGGACUAUAUCGAGAAAAGUCGAGCGUUAUAACCUUUUACUCCGUUCUGAACCUAAUGCUUUUGUUAAUCCAUAUAUAUUUCGUCUCCUACUUAUGGAUUGAGCUGGGCCCUAAAAUGCACAUGUCUUCAGAUUCAUAUCCCAAAUAUCCCGCCUCCUGUUUCAAUAUACCCAUCCAUGGGGGUGAUAUGGAGCUAAACCAUUGCCGGGAGGCUAUGUUUUAUUCUUGGAAUAUGUGUGCCAACAUUAUCAAGUUUACGAGUGUUAUGGUAAUCGUUUUUGAGUUUCUAACAUUUGCAAUUGGCUGUUAUGUAGCGGAUUCCGGUCGCAACGCAGAAAGAACUCAGUACCUAAGGAAUAGCAUGGGAUAUAAUUUAUAACUUUUAGGAGGUUGUAAAUUGUAUUAAAUUAUAAAAAUGGUGCAUAAUGUGGCGAUUCU